AUGACGAAAAGAAAAGAUAUCGAAAGCAACCGAUUUUCUUUUUCGAAAAAAAAAAAUUGGGCAAGAAUAAAUUUCACAUUUUUAGUAUUUGUACUUGGGAUAAAAACCCUCUUUUGUAUAUUAUUAUUUUUAUAUCAUCAAAUAGUACUAUUUUUUAUAUUUUUUAUAUCAACAACAAUAUCGUUAUAUGCAUUAGUUAUUAAUACAUUUACAAGCUUGAUAUUAUAUAUAGUAGUAUUAUUUUCUAUAUUAUCUUCAAUAGGUUUAUCAUUUUUAGGAAUAGUACGCAUUGAUUAUAUACUUAAUAUUUUUUAUGAUGAUUUUAUAUUUUCUCUAUUUUAUUCUCUCAUUCCAUUAUUUGUAUUAGAAUUAUUUUCUUCUAUUAUUUACACAUGCAUUAAAAAAAGGAAAAAAGGAUAUAUAGAAAGACGAUUAAGAGCGUUAAAAAUAAUAAUUGAUGGAAAUCAAAAUAAAGAACAUCAAGAAAACCUUUUAUUUUUACAAAUAGAUUUGGAGAAUAACCAACUAAACACAUAUGACAAAAAUUAUAAAUAUUAUUUAACUCAUUAUAAAAAUAAAAAAUAUAUAUGUAUAGAAAAAAAAACAGAUUAUUCCACUGAUGAAGAUGACAAUAAUCAAUACUCUUUAAGUUUUGAAGAUGUUGAUCAUCGAAAAAAUAAAAAUGCAACAAAGAUUAUUCCCAUAUCAUAUAAUAAUAUAAGUGAAGAUUUGAGCUUUGUUCAUUCUGGAAUUAAAAAAUAUGAAAAAAAACAUGGAUCCAAUAAUAAGAAAAAUAACACCCCCCAAAAAAAUAAAGAAGCUAAAGUAGAUAAAAAAGAUAUAUCAAAUGAAAAUGGUAAAACUAAGGAAAGAGAUAAAUAUAAUUUUACUUAUAAUUUUGCAUUAAAACAAAAUACACAAGAAAGUUCUAUCAGCUUUCAAAAUAUACCAAAUGAGCAAAAUAAAUGUGAAAAUAAAAUAAUAUUGAAUAAUUUAUAUGAAAAAAAAGACAUUUCCAAUGCAAAUAUAUCAAACGACCAAAAUUCUGAAACUUCAAAAGAUUUGAGUUCAUUAUCAUAUAUUAAAAAUGAAGAAAUUAAUGAGAAAAAGGAUGUAGAAAAUCUUCGAAAUAGUUCAAAUAACAAUAAAUCUUAUUUAGAUUCCAAAGAAAUCAUUAUUGUUGAUACUUAUAAAAAAUCGAUAACAAAAUCAUUGAUGUUUUCUAAGCAUGAAAAUAUAUCUAUCAAAAAUGAGGAUAAUAAAAAUGAUUUAGAAAAACAUUCAAAUAAAAAAGACUCUAAAGCAGUAAAAAACAAAGAAGAAGAAAAUGUAAUAAUCGAUAAAUUUAUUAAAAAAAACGAAGAAUCACAGGAAAUAAAUGAGGAUUCAUAUAUCGAGACAGCAAAAGAAAUUCAAACAUUAUCUGAAGAAAAAAACAAUCAUAAAGAAAUUAACCAAAAUAAACAACUCGAAGUUAAAAAAAAUAAUAAAACAAAAGUCUCAUCGAACAAAAAUUUAACACACAAGGAAAGAUCUAGAACUUUAUCAAACAACCUUAUACAAAAUGAAGGGGAAAAUAAAAUGAAAAAAAUUGAAAAAAUAAAGAAAAAUGAUAAAAACAAAGGAUCAACAUUGGAAUUAAGUACUUCUGUUUUGGUAAAGAAACAAGAAAAUGUAAUGAUUAAUAUUGAUGAAAAUAAUAAUAAACAAAAGGAAACAUGUGGUCAGAAUAAAAUUAGAAAUGUAACUUCUGAUUAUUUUACAUCCAUAAAAACGUUAAAUAAAGAUAUUAAUAGUAGCAUACCUUUAGAACAAAAGCAGAAAAAUGAAUCAUUAGUAAAUGAUUUCUUAAAGAAUGAACAAAUGAGGCAAUCAAAAACAAUUUUAACAGUUAAUAAAACAUCAAUAAAUGUUACUUCCCUACCAAUUACUAAUACUACUGUUAAUAAUACGCACCAAAUUAUGAAUUACAACAAAAAUGUUAUAAAUGAUUGUGAUCCAGUAAAGGAAAGCUCAAAUACAAUUGAUCGAACAAAACCCAGAGUUAAUAAAACGAAGUUAGUUACAAAUUUGAACACCUUAAAAAAAAAUAUUGUUGAUAUAAAUUUUACAAAGGAAAAGGGGGAAAAAAUUAAUAAUUAUGAAGAAAAAAAUAUAUUAAAUGUAAAAAAAAUAUCUGAAAAAAAAACGUCUGAAAAUACAAAGCACCAUGAAAAAAAAAGAAAUACUAGUAAUCAUAUGAAAAAGGCAAUGAAAAUAAAUAAAGAACAAUAUGAAGAAUGUAAAAUAAAAGAAAAAAAUAACAAAGAAUGUGAAUAUUUUUUAAAAGAACAAAAUAAAACAUUGAUAAAAAAUAAAAAAAUAGAUUCAUUUACCAUUUUAAAUAAAAAUGAAACUAAAUUAAUUAGUGAAAAUGAUGCUAAAGCAUCGUCCCAACCAAAAGACAUAAAUUCUAUUGAAUAUUCAACGAUAAAUAAUUCAAGUGUAAUGAAUAUAAAUUUAUCUUUUGGUGAUAGUUUACCAUAUACAGACAAUUCUGGUAAUAUAAUUAAUUCUUCAUAUCAGAACCACAUUCAAAAGAGGAAAGUAAAAAUAGAAAAAGUAGAAAAAGGUGACGAAAUGAAAGAAGUUGAAGAAGUGAAAGAAGUUGAAAAGGUAGAAAAAAGUGAAGAAGUUAAAGAAGUGAAAGAAGUUGAAAAGGUAGAAAAAAGUGAAGAAGUUAAAGAAGUGAAAGAAGUUGAAAAGGUAGAAAAAAGUGAAGAAGUUAAAGAAGUGAAAGAAGUUGAAAAGGUAGAAAAAAGUGAAGAAGUUAAAGAAGUGAAAGAAGUUGAAAAGGUAGAAAAAAGUGAAGAAGUUAAAGAAGUGAAAGAAGUUGAAAAGGUAGAAAAAAGUGAAGAAGUUAAAGAAGUGAAAGAAGUUGAAAAGGUAGAAAAAAGUGAAGAAGUUAAAGAAGUGAAAGAAGUUGAAAAGGUAGAAAAAAGUGAAGAAGUUAAAGAAGUGAAAGAAGUUGAAAAGGUAGAAAACAGUGAAGAAGUUAAAGAAGUGAAAGAAGUUGAAAAGGUAGAAAAAAGUGAAGAAGUUAAAGAAGUGAAAGAAGUUAAAGAAGUGAAAGAAGUUAAAGAAGUGAAAGAAGUUGAAAAGGUAGAAAAAAGUGAAGAAGUUAAAGAAGUGAAAGAAGUUGAAAAGGUAGAAAAAAGUGAAGAAGUUAAAGAAGUGGACGACGUGGAUAAAGUAGAAAAAAGUGAAGAAGUUAAAGAGGUUGAAGAAAAAGAACCAGAGCAAGUAAAUGAAAACAAAAUCACUGAGCCUCAAAUAAAGCAGGAGGGAGAGAACGAAACGAAGGAAAUUAAGGAAGGAAAUCAUAAUGAUAAGAUUGAUCAAACAAGGAAAAACGAAGAAACAAUUGAAUGCAAAAAGGUGUUAGAAACAGAGGAUAAAAAUAUAAGUGAAGAAAUAAAAAACGAAAUAAAGAUCACUAAAUUGGAAAUGAAAAACGAUGAAUACUCAUCAGACAAAAAUAAAAUUCAAUUUAACAAAAGCAAUGAUAUUCUUCACAACAUUUUUUUUAAAAGUUCCAUAUUAAACGAUCCUAUCGUAGGUGAUAAGAACAAUAAGAAACAUGUGCUCAUACAAAACGACGGAGAUAAAAAUAGCGAUGAAAAUAAUAAUAAUCUCUUCUUCAAAAAACAUGAAUCAAAUAAUUAUAAAAAAAAAUUAGAAAACACGACAUGCUUAAACAAUUUAAAAAUUAUAGAAAAUAGUAAUAAUGUUAUAAAUUCAAAUUUGAAUAGCGAGGAUGUUGAGGAUUAUAAUUCUGAAAAUAAUCCAAAUAAGGUUUCUCAAAAUACAUAUAAUUUUUUAUUAUAUAGCAACGAAAGUAAUAAAAAUGAACCCAUAUUUUCUAGUAAUUUAGGCAGUCUAUCAGUAAGUAAUUAUUUUGAUGAUAAUAAUAAUACAGAACACUAUAUUAAACCUUAUGGUGAUGUAUGUGAUAGCUCAAAUGAAUUUAACAGCAAUUCUCUUAAUAUCAAAAACUGUAAUACAUUAUUAGGAACAUCACGAUCUAAUGAUUGUACUGAUCCUUCGAAUUUCUUAGUUAAUAAAAACACUAGAAAUAACAACAAUAAUGCAAAGAUUAAAAACAGCAGUAGGAAUAAAAAUCGAAUUAAUAAAUGGCUUACCCUUAGCAAUGAAAACCCAAAUAAUGAGGUUUCCAAUGUUAAUUCUGUAAAUUCAAGUGAAUCUCCAAAUUCGAAUUCAUUAUUUAAACAAAGAAAAUCCUUUUUUGAAAAUCUUAAAAAAGAUAGAUCAUUAAACAAUAAUAAAAAUAAACCCGAAAGUAAUAACGAAUUAAAUGUGUUGAGUAAAAAAAAUAAUAACAAUUUACUAGAAAUAAAUAAUUCUAAUAUUUUAUUUAAUGCAUCUAAAAACGAUUCAAAUGAUUCUUCAAAUAAAAAAAUCAGUUCUGAUGUCAUUAAGAAUGACAAUAAAUUAACAUCGUACAGCGAAGAAGACAAACAUUUAACAAUUUUAAAAACAAAUAUAUAUGAUAAUUAUUACAUCAAAAAUGAUAAAAUUAAAAAUAAUGAAAAGAAAACUAAGGAUAUAAAUAUCAAUAUUAAACAUGGUGAUAAUAAGCACAUCGAGGGAGACAACAAACUCGAUAUAAAAAGUAUAGACACAUUUCCAUCAUCUGAUGCCUCUAAAAAAUUAACACCAUUCUUUACCAAAUUUGAUGCUUCUGAUACCACAAAAAUCGAAGAGAACAAAAACAAUUCAAUACUCAAUUUGACUAAUGAGUCUGGUGUUAUAGAUGUAAAUAAAAUGGCAUUAAAUAAUUGUAUUAUUGAAUCAAAUUUGACUCAAAAAAAAAAUAAUGAAAAUACAAUAGAAAUAACGCCACAAAUUGAUGAACCUACUUUUAAUACAUUUUCUAAAAUUGAUGAAGAAAAGGAUGCAAGCAUAUCUAGUAAUAAUGAUAUAGAAAAUGACAGAAAUUACAAUCAGAAAUUUAAUAACAAUAAUAACAUUGAUAUAAAAAUAAGCGAAGUUGCAGAGUUACCGAAAAAAAAUACGAAUAUAGAUAUUAUAAACCCUAAUCCAAGUGAAAAUGAAAAGAAUACAAAUGUAACAACCGAUAAAAAGGAGGAUGUCAAUGCAUCAAUGGAUAAGGUAUCAUUUCCAUUCUUCUUAGGAAAUUUGAAUCAAAAGAAGAAGCCAACCUUUAAUGAUUCAACUGAAUCUAGUAAAAAUGAAGAUACAAAUAAAGUUGAAACUAUUGAAAAAAAUAAUAUUAAUAAAGAUUCGACGAGUUUAAUUAAAUUGAAUGAUGAUAAAGCAAAAGACCAAGAUGCAAAAAGUAACGAAAUAAAAGAAAAAAUUGACGAGAUAAAAAUAAAUGAUAAUAACUUAAAAAAUAAAGAAAAAAUAAAUGGUACCAAAAAACCUAUGAAUAAAGGUUUUCAAAAAACUGAGGGGGAAAAUAUUUUCCCAGAAAAAGAACCAACAUUAGAUUCGUAUGAUAAUGAAACAAAUAACGCUAUUUCUAAUAUUGAUAAAAUUUUAGAACCUAUAUCUAAUGCUUCUUUUCUUAGUAUAAAGAUAAAUGACUCGAAUAAAAUAAAUCAAACUUUUAAAAGAGAUGAUAUUACAGAUGAUGAAAAACAAACAAACGCAAAUAUUGAAAUUUAUACAGGAUUAAUUGGCAAGAUUUUAUCAAGUAAUAAAAAUGAAGAAAAUAGUAAUGGCUUGUUAAAUGUAUCUUCACCAAAUUCGAGCAAUAAGGAUGAAUCUGAUAUUUCAGUAAAGAAUGACAUAAAUGAAAAAGUGAGCAAAAUUAAUGAUAAAUUGAGUGAAGAAAAAGAGUCUACCCUAAAUAGCACAAUUGAUAUUGCAAAGGAUCCAUUGGAACAUAUAGAAUUCAAAGAAGAUAAGGAAAAAAGUGAAAUAAAUGAAGUAUCAGGCGAUAUAUUAGUUGAUAAUAUUGAAUCUGAAAACAAAAAUAAAGAAAACCCACAAAACAUCAAUUUCGAAAAAACAGAAACCUUAAUCAGUGAAGGAAAAAGUUCAUAUGCAUUAAACACAAAAAAUUAUAAAAACAAUAAAAAUAAAAAAAAAAAACGAAAAAAUAAAAAUAUGUAA